AGGCAGCGGAAAGCCGGGCUGGACGCCUGCGCGCUGGGAUGCGUCGGCUCCGAGGGCAUUCCGGAAGCUGGGGCGCGGCGGACUGCGCGGGCGGUGGGACUCCGUUUAGUUUCCGGUGCGGCGAACACCAAAGUCCGGGAACCGAGACAUUUUCAGGUUUUAGGAUUGUUACGAAGCUGCAGGAGCGAGAUGGAGGUGGACGCACCGGCUGGUGAUGGUCGAGACGGUCCCCGGGAGCGGCGAGGCCAGAGCGAGGCAGGGAGGCAGAACCUCGAUGUGCGGCCUCAGUCGGGGACAAACGGGCUUCCUAAACACUCCUACUGGUUGGACCUUUGGCUCUUCAUCCUUUUCGACGCGGUGGUAUUUCUCUUCGUGUAUUUUUUGCCAUGACUCAUUUGGUGAUACCAUAUUAAGAAGUUCGUUCUUGAGUGAAUUCUGAAAAUGGCUACAAACGUCUUGAAUAAAGAAGACAGGACUUUCAACAGAAGAAUUUCAAAUCUCCAAGGGACCCUUCCUUUCAUUUUACACUUUGUUACUAAUUUGCAGAGCUCUAUUAAAUUGGUAGGAUUUCACCCAUUCCUCACUAAGUUGUUAAAAUUAAACCUUUUGGUUCAUGUUUAAAAACGUUUCAGACAUCCGAUGGCUUUACAGGGGCUGAAUAGAAAAACAUUUGUACUUAAAGGUUUUGUGUAUUAAUUAAGAAAUAUAGUAAUGUCUUAAUGUUUUAAGAGUUGUUCAGGAUUUAAUAUGCAAGGAAUAUGGCGACUCAUAAGCGAAGGUUUAUAUGAAUUCAAAAGUAAAUUAUUCAAAAGCAGGGAAAGGUUUUGAGAGAAGGAACAAAGUAUUCUUAGAUUGCAUAGAGGCUGUAUAAAAAUAAGAUAUAUGGAAAAUGUAGGCCCCCGGUGUAUUUACUGCCUCUAAGUUCCAGUUUAAAUUUUUAGGUUUCAUUGGACUCUGUUUUGAAAAGAUAGGUUGUGGGCAACAGGUUGAUACAGUCUUAGAAAAAAUAGGUAGUAUGAAAGUAUUGGAAAGCUAGCAUGCAUGUCCUCUUACCUGGGUAUCUCCCCCUUUUUUCCUUUUAAACUCUUGAGCCUCCUAUGUGUUUCAAACCUAUUUUUUAUUACUGUUAAUAAAUCAUUUUGAUUUACUUGCAUUAAGUAUGCUUGUGGCCAAAACGUUUAUUUUUAUAAUGUCUGUGACUUGCUUAAAUACUUCAGCAAAGUCAGUAUAUUUACUCAUUCAACAAAUAGUUGAGCCAGGCAUUAUCUUAGACACAGCAGUGAACAAAACAAAAAGGGAUUCUUGACUCCAUGGAGCUUACAUUAUUGUUAUUUAAAUCUAAAUGUUAUAAAACAAGAAUUUACAUUCAAGGGUUGAUCAGCUAGUAUUUAAUCAAAAAGGCCACAAUCCCAUAGCAGCUACUCUAAGCUGUAGUAACUAAUAGAAAAUGUUGGCUGGGUACAGUGGCUUACACCUAUAAUCCCAGCACUUUGGGAGGCCAAGGGCAGUUGGCCACUUGAGGUCAAGAGUUUUGAGACCAGCCUGGCCAACCUGGUGAAACCCUGUCUCUACUAAAAAAUACAAAAAAAUUAGCUGGGCCUGUUGGCACACACCUAUAGUCUCAACUACUUGGGAUGGUGAGGCACGAGAAUUUCUUGAAGGUGGGAGGUGGAGGUUGCAGUGAGCCUAGAUGGGGCGCUGCACUCAAAUCUGGGCACCAGAGUGAGACCUUGUCUCAAAAACAAAAUUUCUGUUAGCCCUAAAGGCUUUACAUGAGGAAUGGUAGAAGUGGGCUCUUGUUGAAAUUACUUGCAUUCAGUAUAUGCGAACUGUCUUAAAUAUUUUAGGGAUAUUUCCCUCCCUUCUAAAUAGGGUAUAAGAUCUGGUAAAUUCUCUGUGUAUCUUCCUACCUUUCAGAAAAGUCUGGAAUUGAUUUUGGAGAUUUUUAAUUGCCUGAUGCUGACUAUAAAGUUAGCAAUUAUGCCUUGAGGGUUUUGUUGCAUCAACCUAAAGAGAACAAUUUAUGGAAGAUAUGGUUGAAACAGCUAUAGGCACACAGAACUGGGAUUUUUCACUGAGCACCAAAUUGAUUGUAUGAACUGUUUCUGCACUGCUUGCUAAUGGUUUUGUCUAAUAAAUGUUUACUUAUAUA